AUGAGGAAACUUACAUCUUCAACCACCAUUGGUUCGAAGCGCAAGCAUCCCAGCAACAACCAAGCUUCAACCGCAAUUCGGACGACAAUUCGUAAUUCCCCUUUGCAAGAUUUGGGUAGCAGAAUACCAUUAAGCAACAUAUCCAAUAGAAAUUCUGCUCGAGUUGACGGUGAUCGUGAAAAAGCAUCUAUUACCAAGCGCCACAAUCAUUCGUUCGACUUAAAUAGAACCCCAGAUUCACAGCUAGUUUCUUCUCCGUUACGGAUGACCAUACGUACUACACCACCGCAAGAAUUGAGUUGCAGAAUGCCAUUUAGCAACAUAUCAAAUGCAAAUUGCGGUCAAGUCAAUGUGGUCGCCGGCAAUCCGCCUCCAUCUAACCGUCAAAGUUACUGCUUUGACUUAAAUCUAUCACCAGAGUCGCAGAUCGGGAUGGACAGUAAUUGUUGCAUUACAAAUGACAAUAAUAUGCAAACAGCCCUGGUAGAGCCGGAUAGUGAAACCAUCCCGAAUUACCGAAAUUUGAUGACAGAUUUUCAGGAAGUUGUUGAACCGUUACAUGACAAUAUGCCCUCAAUUAAUGAUGACAUUCAACCGAAAUUUGCCCAAUUAUACAUUCACGAUACAGAGAAUGAGAUAGACAAUCGCUUAAACUCUGUGAGGGCCGAAAACAAUGGGUCUGCAUUGCAUAGUGAGGUAGUACAUGACAUUAAGCAAGUGCUAGAUGAACACAAUGUGUUGGUUAAGUCAUUCCGAAUGGCCAAGUCGUUUCUGGAGUCUAAUCCUCAACGUCAAAUUAGAAUGAGAUUAAUAGGAAAGAGGACUAAAGAUGCCAGGACUUAUGCGUUACCAACUACUUCCGAGGUUGCUGCACUCAUUGUUGGAGAUAUAGACCCGUACAUGGGUCAACGGGAUAUUGUUGUCGAGUGUAGAUCUGGAGCCCUGAAACGAAUAAAUGAAUUAAACCCGGCAUAUUUACCACUGCAAUACCCAAUCUUAUUUCCAUACGGGGAGGAUGGUUUUCGAGAAGAUAUACAUUUUGCAACACUUGGUACAAAACAAGAUUUUGCAAGAAAGAGUGUUUCACAAAGAGAGUACUUCGCGUUCCGUAUCCACGAAAGAUCAAAUGAGAUCUCAACAAUAAUGUAUGCUAAAAGGUUAUUCCAACAAUUCUUGGUUGAUGCGUAUACUAUGGUUGAAUCUUCGAGGUUGCUCUAUAUUAGGUCAAAUCAAAAAGCUUUGAGGUGUGAGGCGUACAAAGGGUUGUCUGAUGCGCUGACCCGCGGUGAAGUUCAACCCAGCUCGACAGGGAAAAGAAUAAUAUUACCAUCAAGUUUCACCGGAGGAGCAAGAUACAUGAUACAGAACUAUCAAGACGCCAUGGCAAUUUGCAGAUUCAUAGGUUAUCCAAAUCUGUUUAUUACUUUUACAUGUAAUCCUAAAUGGCCCGAGAUACAACGAUUCUUGGAGAAAAGAAACUUGAAAGCUGAAGAUCGUCCCGACAUUGUCUGCCGUGUUUUCAAACUUAAGCUAGACUGUUUAAUCAAAGAAAUAAAAAAUGGGAAACUAUUUGGUCGCGUAAAGGCAGUAAUAUACACGGUUGAAUUUCAAAAACGUGGUCUUCCGCAUGCUCACAUAUUACUGUUCCUACAAGCGACCAACGACUUUACCAACCCGACUUUUAUGGACACGAUCAUUUCAGCCGAGAUUCCCGACAAGCGUUCAGACAUUGAGUAUUACCAAGCUGUCGAAGAAUUCAUGCUGCACGGCCCAUGUGGUGCUGCAAGGAGUAAAUCCCUGUGCAUGGCAAAUGGCAAGUGUUCAAAGCAUUUUCCAAAAAGAUACAUUGAUGCAUCACAUUUUGACCAAGAUGGUUACCCGUUGUAUCGAAGAAGGGAUGAUAAGAGGACAAUCAAAAAGAAUGGAAUAGAGUUGGAUAAUAGAUAUGUUGUACCACAUAAUCGGUCAAUCAAGUACCUCUUCAAGUAUGUAAACAAGGGCAACGACCGUGUAACUGCUGAGUUUUAUAAGACUUCGAUGGAUGAAGCGGGUAAUGAGAUUGUGGAUGAGAUAAACAUGUACUAUGAUUGCAGAUACGUAUCUGCAUGCGAAGCAGCUUGGAGAUUGUUUAGUUUUGAAGUCCAGUAUAGAACUCCCCCUGUUGAGCGAUUGAGCUUCCACUUGCCGGAUUGCCAAUCAGUUGUUUUCCAAGACGAUGAUAGUAUUGAUAAUGUACUCAAUAGAGAAACUGUUGGUCAAAGCAUGUUUAAUGCAUGGUUUUUAGCCAACCAGAAUUACAAAGAAGCGAGUUAUACAUAUAACAAUUUGGAUGUUGCUAUUAUAACAGAUUUGGUCUUAACAGAGGAAGAGAAAAAGAACUUUGGAUUAUUGGAAUUGGAAAACCUGUUGGGGCAACAGAACAAGUCUUUAAAAGACUUUCCUCCGAUGCCCACACCAAGUACUGAUAAUACAAGGUUGUUUCAAAAUCGAUUGGUUUUUGAAGAAUUGAGUUACAAUACGGAACGAUUGAAGAAAGAUUCUGAACUGAUGUGUGCCAAACUAACAGAAGAACAAGGUCUCAUUUUUUAUACUGUUAUCCAAGAUAUUGCAACCAAUAAAGGUGGGUUAUUUUUUGUUUAUGGAUACGGUGGGACAGGAAAGACUUUUUUAUGGAGAGCGUUAUCCGCUGCAGUCCGGUGCAAAGGCCAGAUCGUUUUAAAUGUCGCAUCAAGUGGCAUAGCUUCUUUGUUGUUACCAGGUGGCCGAACAGCUCACUCGAGAUUUGCAAUACCUAUUGCAAUAAAUGAGGACUCUACCUGUAACAUUAAACAAGGUAGCGACUUGGCUGAAUUGUUGAUAAAAACGAGCUUGAUAAUUAGGGAUGAAGCCCCUAUGAUGCACAAACAUUGCUUUGAAGCGUUAGAUCGAACCAUGCGAGAUUUAUUGCGUUUUGUUGACCCUAACAGUGAAAUGAAGACCUUUGGUGGUAAAACAGUGGUCCUGGGUGGAGAUUUCCGCCAAAUUCUUCCAGUAGUUCCAAAAGGUACACGUCAAGACAUUGUUUCGUCCGCUAUAAAUUCAUCAUAUUUAUGGGAUAGUUGCAAAGUUUUAAGAUUGACUAAAAACCUAAGGCUAAGUUCGGUACACAACGGGGUGAACGGGCAGGCAUUACAAGAGUUUGCUAACUGGAUUGCCAAUAUCGGCGAUGGAAAGCUUGGUGGGCGGAAUGACGGAUUCGCAGAGGUUCAAAUACCUAAUCACAUGUUAGUAUCAUCCGGGGGGAACGACAUUAAAGCAAUUGUGGAAAGUACAUUUCCAAUGUUUGCAGUUGGAAACACUGACCUUGAGCAUCUGAUAGGUCGUGCUAUACUUGCACCAACGCUGGACGUUGUCAACGCAGUUAAUGAAUAUAUAACUAAGCUGCAUGAUGCCGAAAGCAGGUCCUACUAUAGUUCAGACGCAGUAUGCAAAGCCGACGGUGAUAAUGGUAUACUUGGAGAUGUACACACCCCGGAAUUUCUAAAUAGCAUUUGUGUGUCGGGUCUACCAAAUCAUACACUGAAUUUGAAAAUUGGCUCACCAGUAAUGUUAAUGAGAAAUAUUGACCAUUCUCUUGGGUUGUGCAAUGGAACUCGGUUGAUAAUCACAAAGUUAGCAGACCAUGUUAUUGAAGGUGAGCUUCUCACUGGUCCCAACAAAGGUACAAAAGUGUUAAUUCCCCGAAUGUCAAUGUCACCCUCGGAUCCAAGAUUACCGUUCAAGUUUCAACGAAGGCAAUUCCCAUUGAUGCUUUCAUAUGCGAUGACCAUAAACAAAAGUCAAGGCCAAACGUUGACUCAUGUAGGGCUAAUACUAAAGAAAUCGGUUUUUGUACACGGUCAGUUGUACGUAGCUGCAUCUCGGGUUAAUAAUUCAGACGGUCUGAAAAUACUGAUUGUAAAAGACUCAAGUUCAACUACUACAUCAACCACUAAUGUUGUAUAUCAUGAAGUUUUCAAUAAUUUGUAA